CAGGGGAAACAGACGUUAUUUCCGCUUCAUCGGCCGGGUUUUAACGAAACACCUUCGGGACUGUGCGAGCCAGGAUGCCCGGAGACCCCUCCUUCACCUUCAGCGUCCUCCACCGGAUUUGUAAGCUGGUGGUGCUGCUCUGUUUUCUCCACAUCGCCGUCGCCGUGGUCUUCUAUGUCCGCUCCUUCGAUUUCCGCCUCGCCUUCGUUCAGAAUCAGCAGUCCAAUAAUAACAUCUCUAAGAGCCAGAAUACCGACCCGGUGGUGAGCUACGGGAAAGUCUUGGAGCAGCCGGUGAAGAAGCUGGAGAAAUGCCCCGAGACGUCCCCCCUGCUGGUGGGUCCCCUGAAGGUGGAGUUUAACUUUACUGUGGACCUGGAGCUGGUAAAAAAGGAGAACCCCAACGUGCAGCCGGGCGGACGUUUCAAACCCAAAGACUGCGAGGCGCUACAGAAAGUGGCCAUCAUCAUCGCGUUCCGUUACCGAGAAGAGCACCUUAAGUACUGGCUGUACUACCUGCACCCGAUCCUGCAGAGGCAGCAGCUCGACUACGGGGUCUACGUCAUCAAACAGGAUGGCAACGACACCUUCAACAAAUGCAGGCUGCUGAAUACUGGCUACGCAGAGGCCUUGAAGGAGUAUGAUUACAACUGCUUCGUCUUCAACGAUGUCGACGUCAUCCCCAUGGACGACCGCAACACCUACAAGUGCUUCAGCCAGCCUCGGCACCUGGGUGUGUACUUGGACAAGUUCGGCUUCAGGUUACCGUACAAUGGGUGUUUUGGAGGCGCCACCUCGUUGAGUAAAGAGCAAUACUUGAAGAUCAACGGCUUUCCCAACAACUAUUGGGGCUGGGGAGGAGAGGACGAUGACAUCUACAACAGGGUGGUGACUAAAGGAAUGUCCAUCUCCAGACCCGACAGUGAAAUUGGGAAGUGCCGCAUGAUCCGACACAACAGAGACAAGCUGAAUGAUCCAAACCCACAGAGGUUUGACCUGCUUGCUCACACUCAACAGACCAUGGACAAAGACGGCAUAAACUCUCUGAAGACCCAGGUGUUGAGCAUCCAGAAGUUUGACCUUUACACUAUGAUCACCGUGGAUGUGGGAAAGCCAUGAAGGAUCUGUGGCACCGGGACCAGGCUGAAAUUCACACCGUGCCUCUGACACUUGAAGCUUUAAGUUCUGGUUCUGCUCCAGAACUACUGGACUGUUUCCGUGAUUUUUUUUUUUUUGGGUUUUUGCACAAACAGACUCAUGGUUUGUGGAGUUUUUUCGGGGCCUUAAGGACUCAAUCAGCUCCCACGUCUGUGCGUCAGACGCUGCUGCUGGGAUAUUUCCUAAACAAGACUUUUGUUUUGAAAAUCAGACAAUCAGAGCGGCCCUCAGGGUCAUGUGGUCUGGGCUUUACUGCUGGAGGAUUAGGGGUUAUUGAGUGUGUCUGUUUGACCUUUUUUAAAAAUCAGGUUUUCAAUCAGUGAUCAAUGUUUCUUUUCUUUUUACAGCCAAAGUUUAAUCCAAAAUGAAACGAGUCUGUUCCUCAAUAGAUUCUAUUACUAAUUAAUCAGCACUGAUUGAUUAUCUACAGAA